UAAUGGUGGGUUUUGCAUGGUUCAUCAAGCCUCUUGCAGGUCCAAUCUCUGCAUCAACCUUGGAGCUGACAUAAAAAAGCCAUUUAAUCUCUUCGACCUAGCAAAAUGUUACCACGUCAUACAGAUUAUUAUAUUAUGAGUCUCUUGUCGUUUUAGAUAACUCACACCCAUCACUAGUCUUCAUCAUUAUCGAAGUCCAAUCUGACGGGUGGCUGCUGCUUGCUAGUUUGUUAGCGAUGGAGUCCGAGUUACGGGAGGAAGAAGCAGUCAACUUCGGUAAAUCUCUAAUAGUACCAAGUGUUCAGGAAUUAGCAAAACAAUCCAUCGUCAACAUCCCUCCUCGAUACAUACGCAAAGAUGAAGAUCCUCCAGUCGUCACCAAUGACGCCUGUCUUCCAUCUGUGCCCGUCAUCGAUCUUCAGAAGUUGGUUUCUGUAGAUUAUGAAUUGGAGAGGCUGCACUUAGCUUGCAAAGAGUGGGGAUUCUUUCAGGUUAUAAACCAUGGAGUUAGUUGUUCAUUGCUGGAGAAAUUCAAGUGGGAGAUUGAAAAUUUCUUCAAACUUCCACACGAAGAAAAAAAGAAACUGUGGCAGGGGCCCGAUAACCAUGAAGGAUUUGGGCAGCUGUUUGUGGUUUCAGAGGAACAAAAGCUAGACUGGUCAGACAUGUUCUACAUCACCACCCUACCACUCAAUCUGAGGAACACUAAACUCUUUAAAAAGCUUCCUCCAAAUCUCAGAGAGGUGUUGGAAACUUAUUCCAUGGAAGUGAAAAAGCUAGCCGUGGCAAUAUUAGAUCACAUGGCGAAAGCAUUGAAGAUGGAUUGUCAAGAGAUGAGGGAGUUGUUCAAUGAUGGAGUUCAAUCAAUGAGAAUGAAUUACUACCCCCCAUGCCCUGAACCAGAUAAGGCUAUUGGCUUCACACCACAUUCUGAUGCUGUUGCUGUCACCCUUCUCUAUCAGCUCAAUGAAACUCAAGGCCUUCAAAUUCGCAAAGAUGGGAGAUGGACUCCAGUUACACCGCUUCCAAAUGCUUUUGUAGUCAACAUUGGAGACAUCAUGGAGAUUGUGAGCAAUGGCAUUUAUAAGAGCAUUGAGCACAGGGCAACAGUGAACUCGGUGGGAGAGAGGCUGUCUGUUGCAACAUUCUAUAGUUCCAAGCUAGACACUGAAUUGGGUCCAGCACCAAGCCUCAUUGGCCCAAAUAGCCCAGCGAUUUUCCGGCGAGUCCCGUUGGAGAAGUAUUUCAAGGAAUUUUUUGCUCGGAAAUUAAAUGGCAAGGCGUACCUUGAUUUUAUGAGAAUUAAUUGACCUAGAGUCAACUUUUUUUCUCAUUCGGAUUAUUUGAUGGCAUGUAGACUUUGAAAUUAAUCAUUGUGACUUCAUUUCGGCAACUUAUUUUAGAAAUAGUAUAUCCAAUUUUAAAUACUCCA